GCCAGCUCAUGUGAGGUGACGCCCGCCCCCACUUCGCCCAGUAGCUGAGGCAGCUCUGUGUCAUUAUGGUAUGGCACAUGCCUUUUGCACUUUGAUGCACACUGUGUUCUGCAUCCUAAUUCAAUAUAUCCACGCAUGUAAGGUCGGCUGAGCCUUGGCCUACUUGCCGAACUUGAGACAGCCUAUCUAUAUAGAAGCCGGUGCUACCCUGGUACCCCCUUGAUCCUUAGUUUCCGUAAAAUCCGUCGCCCGAUAAACUUGAAUCCAUUUCGCCUCACUCUCAAUCCAAGGCGAAAUCACAUAUCCAGACGAAACACAGCCAACACCUUGAGCUUCGGCCUCGACAUUGCAACAAGCGAUGUCGCACUUGUACCCGAACCACCACGACGGCUACCGUAGAGGCCACUACUACCACUACAACGAUCGCCACCACGAAGACUACGACCUCCACCGCCACCAUGACAACGACUACCGCUAUGAUGACUACCACCCGCGCCAAGAUCUAGCCCAACAUUCCUACCGUGACAGCUCGAGACAGUCCUCUCGUCCCAGUCGCUACAUCGUCAACGAACUCGAAAUUAUCAUCUCCCGAAGUACGUCAGGACGGGGCAACACUGUUUUUUAUAAUUCUCCCCGAUCGACGAUCUAUGUGCGACCUGAGAGGUCAUCGUCGUCGUGGACGCCGGCCUACGGCGGCUCGUCGGACGAGGUGUGGACGAGCCCGGUGCGAUACGGUUAUUCGUCCGAUUCGUACAAUGGGAGUCGGACUUGUCGGGGUUGCGGAAGGAGGGAGUUGGAAGGGGGGUUUUGUCGGGACUGUAUUGAAGUGAGGGUGUCGAGACCGUUGGUCGAGAUUGUUAGGGGGUAUGGGAGGUCGACUCUAUCACCGCGACGUAGGAUUGUGGAGUUGCGCUGACGGUCUAGACUGUUAAGUUCGAAAACAUGGUCUGUGUGGGACAUGUAUUGUGCGAUACUAAAUAAAUAAUAUUAAAUACGCC